CCGUUGCCAUAUUGACAUGCCUCCUCUGACUUUGGUUGACCGGACUGGAACGACGCGAGUACUGAUUGGGCCCGCCGGCCCACUCCGGUCCCUCGUCCAUCGAGCGAGGUUGCGAGGGUUUGAUAGAUGGGCCCCCGCCGCCGCCGCCUCUCCUCGCCGGCGCCCGCGGACCUGCCGGACGACCUCCUCUGGGAGGUCCUCCUCCGCCUCCCGCCGCUCCCGUCCCCCCUCCUCGGCGCCUCCCUCGUCUGCCACCGCUGGCGCCACCUCGCCACCGAUCCCGCCUUCCUCCGUCGCUUCCGUGCGUUCCACCGGCGGAACGCCCCCCUCCUCGGCUUCUUCCGAUACAGCAGCGAAUGCGCCUACUUCACCCCCCUGAUGGAUCCGUCCGACCGCAUCCCCGCCGCGCGCUUCCGUCUGCCGUGGCAGGCCCGCGGCGAGCACUGCGGCUUCUUCGGCUGCCGCCACGGCCUCGCCCUCAUCCUCAACAGGACGCGGAAGGAGGUCGUCGUCUGGAACCCCGUCAGCGGAGACCACAGCCACGUGCGCUUCCCACGGGGUGACAUCGUCUUCGGAGCGGCGGUGCUGCGCCCUGCCGGCUUCAACCACGACCUCGGCCAAUCGAGCCCCUUCGAAUUGGUCUUGCUGUGCAGCAGGCUCCGCGCCUCCCGCCUCACGCCGCUGGUUGCGCGCAUCUACAGAUGGGAAUCUGGCAAGUGGGUCACUACAGGCUCUGCAGCAGCGCUCACGGCCAUGCCAUGGAGUUCUGUGGUUGGGCCAAGCGUCAUGGUUGGGAACACUCUUUGCUGGUUGAUCGGUGGAGGGGACAUCCUCCAUGUUGGGCACACGGAGACUCGCUGUGAUCAGGAGGCCGUUGUACCUGCCCUUGAAGUUUGAUUACCAGAUCUUAUCACUGGAGAACAGUUCACUUGGCUUCGCUGUAGUGUCAGGGGAGCUCAGCCUCCGGUUAUGGCAGUGGAAUGCCGAAUUGGAUGGAUGGCUGCUACACAGAGAAUUGGAUCUGGGCAAGCUCCUUUCACCAGCACCGUCUUUAGGGAAAGUCUGGACAACGUUACUGGGGUAUGCUGAGGAUUCUAAUGCAAUUUUGCUAUGUUUGGAUUGAUGCUGCCUUCAUGAUCCAGCUUGACUCAUUUCUGGUUACCAAAAUUCCUGAAAGUACUACAAGUUUCUUAUUAUUAUAUUCAUCCCUACACAAGCAUUUUCACUGCAGGCGGGGAAAUUGGUGGUGGAGCUGCUGUUAGAAUAUGCAGCGAAUGGAGAAUAUCAAAGUAUUCCUAGAAAGUGGAAGUCCAUGUACAAGUAACCUGUGGCUGGAUAAGCCUCUACUUUUGAUGAAGCAAGUUGUUGCCGUUUAUUCAAACAUUAAGACAAGUUCAACAAUAGAAGUUGUAGGGGUUCAGGUAGAAAACCGCCAAGGUUGUCGAUCCCUUUGAUUUUUAAGCUUUUCUUCACUUCAUGUUUGUUCUGUCUGAUAUGUGGAGAUUUUAUCCGAAGUUUUUUUAAUGGAACAGUAGGAAAUAAUUCUAUGAUUUUUUUCUCAAGGUCUGAUCUUCUGUGACCAUGGGAAGGAUUUUACGGCUCAAUGUAAGGUCCCUGUAAUUUAUAUACAUGUUGAAUCUGUUGUAUGUGCGAGUCGGAUUAAUGUUCCUUAUUGCACUUGGUCAAUUUUCCAAUUGCCACGAAUCCAA